CUGUGUUGGCUGGGCGUGGUGAGCCUCGGGUCCAUCCUGACGCCCAUGAGCAUCAUCCUUGCAUACGACCUUCCCCCCGUGCCUCUCCACUACAUGUCAGAAGCCAAGAAGUUCGAGUACAUGUGGAGAGUGUACCUGACCCCUUGGUGCCGCGCCGGGCCCUGGCUGGUUGGGGUGUGGACGGCACUGGCACUGUACGACCGGGCGCUGGCCAAGAUCAGGAUCCCUAAGCUGGCGGUGUUCUUGGGCUACCUCGCCGCCAUCUCCCUGGGGCUGGGCCUCGUGCUAGGACUCUACCCUUACAACCACAUAUUCCCCGACAAAUCCUACGUCGACAAUCCUGCGAUGUCGGCCGCCUAUGGAGCCCUGGCGAGGCCGGUAUGGGGUAUGUGCGUUGCUUGGGUGGUCUUCACGUGCCACACCGGAAACGCAGGUGUGGUGAACAAAAUACUCUCGUAUCCCGGCUGGAGACCCCUGGCCCGACUCACCUUUACGAUGUACUUGACGGUCCCUCUCGUGCAGCUCUGGUGGUCGUCAACGCAGUUCCAGCCAACGUACUUUAACUACCAAGAAAAGCUGUUCCAAUCAGCGGGCGUGACGUUUAUAGCGGGAAUCGUCUCUCUCCUCAUCUCGUGCUUGGUGGAGCUGCCUCUGCGGACGCUCCUGGAUGCCCUGCUGCCUUCGGAAGCUAAAAAACAGGAGGAUCGAAUCAGGCCGCAGAAGCGAGAUCCUGAAAACGGCAAAGUCCCAUCAACUUCCAUGAUGUGAGAAAGAGGGCGAUGACGAGGAAGAGGAGGAAGAGGAGGACGAUGAGAAGGAGGAGGAGAAGGAAGAGGUGGACGACGAGGACGGUGACGAGGAAGAGGAGGUAGAAUAGGACGAUGAGAAGGGA